UCGAACUAAUUUUACCACCUGAAGAUGGAAAAAGAAAUUCGUCAAAAGUAAAUAUUUUGCAUACUCUUUCAGCACUUAUAAAAUUCUGCGUUUCUAAUCCAAUAAUUUACAAUACAAAAAUUCUAAAUUUAUCGCAAUAAUUACAUUCCAUAGACAUGACGGCAAGAAAUAAAAACAGAUGGAUUGUCAACCUGAGACUGGCUGCAAGAGAGCUAGAAAUAGCCGCAACAAGGCUAAGCAGGAGAGUAAAUAGAGAUAGAAGUAACUGCAAAGAGAAUAUGAAGAGAGGGAACAUGAGCGACGCAAAAGCAUGCGCUGAGAAAUCAGUUGAAGGAAUUAGUUUGAUGGAAUGUUACAAGCAAUCUAGUCACCGCUUGAAAAUGCUAAUACGUUAUAUACAGACUAGAAGUUGCCAAGACUCACAAAUUCAAGCCCAAAUCGAAGGAAUUGUAAGACUUAUAGCAGGCGUCAUGAGAAAUAGACAUUUGAGAAGCAUCAAGUCAAUUUUAGAUAAACAUGGAAGGUUUUUUCUAGGUCCGACAGAUGAAUCAGAAAGCACACACGAGAGCGGGGACGUUACAUCACUGCUUGAAAAAAUAGCCAAAGAGGAAAAUAUUGAAUUUGAAAAGGUUUUUGUGAAAAAAGUGAAAAGUUGUCUUUCACAGAGACCAUCAAAGGUUGCGACAAAACUUGCUGAAGUGCACCGUAGAUAACAUUUUGUCUUGACUGUUGUUAUUAAGUUGAAUUUAAUUUAAUUUUGUUAAAUUUUAUAUAAUUUGGUUCAUUAAACACAUUUCUAGUUCCCAUUCACACAAUACAAUUUUUAAAUUUGAAUAUUCAAAACUA